AUGGACAGAUUCAAGUGUGAUAUUAUUAUCGUUAUGCUUCUUUCAGAAGAAAAAGAAAAACUGAAACGUAAUAAACGCAAACGCAAACGACAACAUAUAGAAAAUGUAUACUCCUCAUACUGCCCACCAUCCGCUCAUACCACUUUGACAGACUGGGACCAAAUCUUCAAUAUUGCCAGACGAAAGACAAUAAUUGCAGGAGAUCUUAAUGGCCACCACACCAACUGGUCAACUAGAACGGACUCACGAGGUGAUCAAAUUUUGGAUUCCAUUUUAGACAACAAUUUUGUUUCACUGAAUGACUGCUCACAUACUAGAAUUAAACUGGUUAACGGCACAGUACAAAAAUCUGCCCCUGACCUAUCGCUAGCUUCUCUGGAUAUAGCUUUGAAGUUUGACUGGAUAGUACUAAAUGAAAACUUGGGAAGUGACCAUUUAAUGAUUAAGAUUAAAACUAAUAUUGGCACUUCCAAUAUCUACAAAAGAAAACGCAAUUUUAAAAAGGCUGACUGGUUGCAGUAUAAGUCACGUAUAGAGAGCAAGCUUAAAGGCUUUAUAUUACCAGAUGAUCACCAGUCUGCGUACGACGCUCUCAUCGAUAUUAUUAACGAGGUAGCUGAUAAGUGUAUCUCGUUAAUAAAAAUAUGUGAAAACCCUCUUCACCAACAAAAGUUCACUCCUAGACCAUAUUGGAAUCCGGAUAUCUCAAAAGCUGUAGCGGAACGACGUCGGGCACUUGCUGUUUUUAGGAGAAACCCUACACCAGUAAAUUUAGAAGCAUUACAAAACAAAGUCAGCAGUAAAAAUAUAAUGGAUGCAGUUGGUGUUAUUCAAGAUGCUCUAGUUGCUUUAAACUCUAUGAUAGCAGAUAUCGGUUUAAACAUCUCUCACAGAAAAACCAAAGUUUGCGUAUUUACAAGAGGACACUCGAGAAACUCUAACAGUAGUAAUAUUACUUUAAACACCAACAACGAAUGUAUUGAUUGA